AUGUCUCAGGUUGAUGUCUCACAUUUCAAUUGGCCGACAAAUCUACACGAUGUAUCCCUUGAGUCAAGUCGGCCGACCUCACACGUUUGCAUCCGUCACUCAUCCAUCCCAACACCUGGUUCCUCAUCUUCUUCAUUUAUACCACCCUUCUUGCAUGGAUCCAUUACUGAUACUCACCGAACAAAUCCCACAGAAACGACUUCGGAACAGCAAAGUACUUCAAGCCAGUACCUCACUCGACCACCAACUUCAACUAUAACUAGCGUGUCCUCUAAACCUUCACGCUCAAAAACCUGGACGAUUCCAGAUAUCACUGUGUCGCUGGUCCUGCUACCUCAACCGUCCUCGCAACGGCCUCCAGGACGAGUCGUCCCCGGGGAUACAUCCGAUGCAACGUUUUCCAUGUCUCAGGGCCAAUUUGUUGCACUGACUACUCUAGGCCCGAUCCUUGGUGUCCUGAUCAUUGCUCUCUUCUUCUGCCUUUGUGUAUUUCUACAGCGCAGGCGUCGCAAAAAGCGCACAGACGCAGAGAAGGGCGGUACGGAUGACGUCUUAAAGCGCGUUCAACGACGUAGACUUCAGCGGAACCGCGAAAGUCUGGCUGCUCAAGCCGCCUCGUUAGAACAACCUCUCGAUGGGACACCCCCGACAAGGACUUUCCCCAACAUUGACUCCAGUAAAAGAUUUGAUCGAAACGAUGACGAGUCUUCGGCAGGGAGUAGUACUCUUCGUGAAAACCCGGUCGUUCGACCUAACAGCCCUACGAUCGAUGUGGAUGAAGUUCAGAGUCCAUCAGAUCUAAGACAUCCACUAUGUGAAAAGAAAAAUCAGCCAUAUGUCUCGGAAGAGAACGAAGAGAAGCGACACAGUAGUAAGACACACUCAACCUCAUCAUCAAGUAGUUUUGCUCACCCCACACCUCAUGCCAUCACAACGGAUUAUGCUCAAACUUCACCGCCAGACAGUCUGUAG